AAGAGGAGGGGGGGAGGAGGAGGAAGAGAAAGGAGGGGACGCGGCCGCUCCGGCUUGGUGCACCUCACUCCCUCCAGCCGGGCAUGCGCCCCCCGAGCCCUUGGCCCCCCAGAGCCCGAGCUGCCCCCCGGAUCCUCCCCGGACUCUGCAGCGCGCAGCAUGGGAGCCCCCGGGCGCACGCCGCGGCGGCUGCUGCUCCUGCUAGUGCUUGGUGUGUGUGGUGCUCGGGAGGUGGUGGUGCCUAAGGGACCUCUGUACCGAGUGGCAGGUACUGCCAUCUCCAUCUCCUGCAAUGUCAGCAACUACGAGGGUCCCUCGCAGCAAGACUUUGAGUGGUUUCUAUACCGACCUGAGGCACCUGAGUCAGCAUUGGACAUCAUCAGCACACGGGACAGCCGCUUCCCAUAUGCUAUAUUUGCACCCCGGGUGGCAUUGGGCGAUAUUCAGGUGCAGCGGCUCCGGGGCGAUGCUGUGAUGCUUCGGAUCUCACGCCUGCAGACCCAAGAUGCUGGUGUCUAUGAGUGCUACACACCAUCUACCGAUGCCCGCUACCUAGGCAGCUACAGUGGCAAGGUGGAACUGAGAGUCCUUCCAGAUGUGUUGCAGGUGUCCGCCGCCCCUCCAGGGCCCCGAGGCCGCCAAGGCUCAUCCUCACCUCCACGCGUGGUAGUGUCGGAGGGCCAGGAAUUGGCCCUUGGCUGUGUGGCUCAGACGAGCACACAGGAACACACACACCUGGCAGUGUCCUUUGGGAGGGCAGUGCCUGAGGCACCUGUGGGGAGGGCAACUCUACAAGAGGUGGUAGGGCUUCGACCCGACCUGGCAGUGGAGGCCGGGGCACCCUACGCUGAACAGCUGACCACAGGCGAGCUGCGGCUGAGCAAAGAGGGUGCUGAACAGUACCGGCUAGUGCUGGAGGGUGCCCAGCAGGAGGAUGCUGGCACCUACCACUGCACUGCUGCUGAAUGGAUCCAAGACCCUGAUGGCAGCUGGGCCCAGAUUGGGGAGAAGCGAGCAGUGCUGGCCCACGUGGAUGUGCAGACCCUUGCCAGCCAGUUGGCCGUAGUUGUGGGCCCUGGGGAGCGGCGGAUAGGACCCGGAGAACCCCUGGAGCUGCUGUGUAAUGUAUCGGGGGCAUUACCUCCACCAGGGCCUCAUGCUGCCUAUUCUGUGGGCUGGGAGAUGGCACCUGCAGGGGCCCCUGGGCCUGGGCACCUGGUGGCUCAGUUGGACACAGAGGGCAUAGGCAGCCUGGGUCCAGGCUAUGAGGACCGACAUAUCUCCAUGGAAAAGGUGGCACCUAUUACCUACCGUCUGCGGCUGGAGGCAGCAAGGCCUGGUGAUGCGGGCACAUACCGUUGCCUGGCACGGGCCUAUGUUCGGGGACGUGGGGCCCGGCUUCGAGAGGCCGCCAGUGUUCGUUCUCGGCCCCUCCCUGUGCACGUGAGGGAAGAAGGUGUAGUGCUGGAAGCUGUGGCAUGGCUGGCAGGGGGCACAGUGUACCGGGGAGAGACAGCUUCCCUGUUCUGCAACAUCUCUGUGACGGGGGGACCUCCAGGACUACGGCUGGCCGCCAGCUGGUGGGUGGAGCGGUUAGGGGAGCCCGGCCUGGUUCCAUCCCCUCCCCAGCUGGUUGGUGGCAUAGGCCGGGAUGGUGUGGCAGAGCUGGGGAUCCGGCCAGGUGGAGGUGCUGUCAGCGUGGAGCAGGUUGGGCCCCGAAGCCACCGACUGAGACUGCAUGAGCUGGGGCCACAGGAUGAGGGAGUAUACCACUGUGCCCCCAGCGCUUGGGUGCAGCAUACAGACUACAGCUGGUACCAAGCAGGCAGUGCCCGUUCUGAGCCCAUCACUGUCUACCCCUACACCCUUCCCCUGGAUACUUUGUUCGUGCCCCUGCUGGUGGGUACAGGGGCUGCCCUGGUCACAGGCAUCACCAUCCUUAGCACUGUCACUUGUUGCUUCAUGAAAAGACUGAGAAAGCGGUGAAGCCUAACCCCACCAUGGUACAAGCUGUCUUUCAGCCCAACUCCCAGCCCAACAUCAGUUGCCUAAAUUCCUCUACCCUAUACCCCCGAUCUGGCCCUUCUGUCUCCUGCCCUUUUUAUUUAUUUGGAGGGACCAGGAUUUCCCCCUCUGCUCUGCCAGGCUGGGAGGUUUUCCAAAGCUGCAGGCACAGCCCCAAUCCUUCUACUUGCCUCAAGUGGAGAUCAGUACCCUCCUCUCCAGUGCCCCCCAAAACCUGGCUCUUUUCUGAUCUUUCCCCCUUUCCAUGGACAUGCCCUAACUCCUUACCCCAAAACUGGUUUUUCUAAAAUGUGAAUAAAGUUUUUUUUUAA